AGCAACAUACCAAUAAUGGCUUUUGCGGAAGGCAGAAAACAGACGCACGAUACUGAACUGUGAAAAGUGAAUACUGGUUCAGUACUUCUCAUAGCGGCUCUUAAAAUCUUCUACAGCCCUUUAAAAGCACAAUUGUUCCGAGGAAUUUCCUUUCCCUCUCUUUCAAAAAACGUCCGGAGGGAAAAGAAUUUCUCGAUUUUUCGUCCUUCCAAGCCCUAAUUUUCUGAGUAAAGGAAGCAACAGGAGAGGAAAAUAUGCCGCGGGAAAUCAUCACGCUGCAAGUGGGACAAUGUGGGAACCAGAUCGGCAUGGAAUUCUGGAAGCAGCUCUGUCUCGAGCACGGCAUCAGCAAGGAAGGCAUUCUCGAGGACUUUGCUACUCAGGGAGGUGACAGGAAGGAUGUGUUUUUCUAUCAAGCUGAUGAUCAGCACUACAUACCCCGGGCUUUGCUGAUUGACCUAGAGCCCAGGGUAAUAAAUGGUAUCCAAAACAGCGAGUAUCGGAAUCUCUACAACCAUGAAAAUAUAUUUGUUUCAGAUCAUGGAGGGGGUGCUGGCAAUAAUUGGGCCAGUGGAUACCAUCAGGGACAGGGAGUUGAAGAGGAUAUAAUGGACAUGAUUGACAGGGAAGCCGAUGGAAGUGAUAGCCUUGAGGGUUUUGUUUUAUGUCAUUCAAUUGCAGGAGGGACAGGCUCAGGUUUGGGUUCAUAUCUUUUGGAGACUUUGAAUGACCGCUACAGUAAAAAACUUGUCCAGACAUAUAGUGUGUUUCCUACUCAGUUGGAGAUUAGUGAUGUGGUGGUCCAGCCAUACAACUCACUCUUGACGCUUAAGAGACUCAUACUAAAUGCUGAUUGUGUUGUUGUACUUGAUAAUACGGCACUGAAUAGAAUUGCAGUGGAGCGCCUUCAUCUAGCAAAUCCUACCUUUGCUCAGACAAAUUCUUUGGUUUCGACUGUAAUGUCUGCAAGCACAACCACCUUGCGAUAUCCAGGAUAUAUGAACAAUGACUUGGUUGGCCUUCUUGCCUCUUUGAUUCCGACACCAAGAUGCCAUUUUCUGAUGACGGGAUAUACGCCUCUUACAGUCGAGCGCCAGGCUAAUGUGAUCCGUAAAACUACUGUACUGGAUGUCAUGCGGAGACUUCUUCAGACGAAGAAUAUCAUGGUUUCUUCAUACGCUAGGACCAAGGAAGCAAGUCAAGCAAAGUACAUAUCAAUAUUAAAUAUCAUUCAGGGAGAAGUAGACCCUACUCAGGUUCAUGAAAGUCUGCAGAGGAUCCGUGAAAGAAAGCUUGUUAAUUUUAUUGAGUGGGGGCCUGCGAGUAUUCAGGUUGCUCUAUCUAGAAAAUCGCCAUAUGUUCAAACUGCCCACAGGGUUAGUGGCCUCAUGCUCGCUAGCCAUACAAGCAUCCGACACCUCUUCAGCAAGGGUUUGAGCCAAUAUGAUAAGCUAAGAAAAAAGCAGGCCUUUCUUGACAACUAUCGAAAGUUCCCAAUGUUUGCUGACAAUGAUCUUUCGGAAUUUGAUGAAUCAAAGGCUAUUAUUGAGAGUUUGGUUGAUGAAUAUAAGGCCUGUGAAUCCCCAGAUUACAUCAAAUGGGGAAUGGAGGAUCCGGAACACAUUCUAACUGGAGAGGGCAAUGCUACAGGAAUUGUGGAUCCGAAAUUGGCAGUAUGAUCUACCAAGUUAGUGGUGCUGGCAGAAGACAGCAAGAGGUUCAGCAGAGACAGCAAAUUGGGGGUACGCAUAUGCUUGAGUUUUCUUGCUGAACAUGGGUUUUGUGUGAUUUGACCAGCUUUUUGUUUUCUUCCUUUUUUUUUGGUUAAUGACUUAAUAUUCAAAAAUUAUAAUUAUUCUUGUUCUUAUUAUUAUGAUGAUGAGACAAUGAUGUUGGGUCACUCCCUCUGGAGCCAUCCCUCAAUCCCAAGCUACCCAAUUCUCUAUCCCCUGGUAAGGACCCUAAACUGCCAACCAAUGCACGACUAAGCGGACAGCAGCAGUCUUCGAAAUCUUCAUUCACCCAUCAGUGAGUGAAUGCAGAUUCUUUGAUGUUAUAUUGACCAGGUUAAACCCACUUCUCUCUUUUUAACCCACCAGAACAAACCAAAACCAAAAGAAAUGUCGUUGAUUGCUGCAUUGUUUUGAUGCCUUUCUUUUUGCUGAAUCAUGAUGAGGACAUAUGAUGUGUCUCUGUUGGAGGGGUUGUCUACUUUAUUAUGAAUAUGAAGCUGUGAUGGUGCAUGUGCCAUGUUCCUUUGCUACUU